AUGAGUCGAAAUAUGGUAGGACGACAACAUCGCCGCGUCGAUGAAGUGAGUUACUGGAUGAAUAAUGCUGGAUGGACUGUGGAUGAUGAUGCAGCAGAAGCCACAUCCACGAGUACUACCACGACCACAACGUCUACAUCUAGUCAAAACGACGAUGGUGGUGGGUUUUCGUCCAUGAUAAAGUCAUCGUCCUCCUCUGAAGGAAUCAGUUUGCAGCUCAAGCUUGUUGCUGCUUUCAUUGCGGUCGUGGUUGCGAUCGUUGUGUAUCAAAUCCUUGCUUCUGGCAGGCGAAAAAAGAAGAAAAAGAAGAAGGUUGUUCCUUCCUCGGAUGAUACCAAGGUAUCUCGACUCUCUCGUGUUUCUCGAACGGCAUCACGCAGCCGACCAUCUUCACGCUCGGCAUCGCGACCGAAACGAUCUUCCUCUGCUGCCAAACCUGAUGAUUAUCAUCAAAUGGAAGACGUCAAAGAAACGGUCAAGAGCGAGAAACCAAAGAAGGAGAAGAAGGAGAAGAAGUCGUCAAGGUUCGGAAGGAGUAAAAGCCGAGACCCCAAGAAGAAGACGAAAAAGAGUCGCCUUUUGUCUCGCUCCAAGUCGGGAAGCAGAAUGGGACCAAGCGAGCUGGUCUAG